AAAAUGAUUUUUCAAACGAGAACAAAGAUGACGCACCAACCAUCAGCUACUUUCGACUGUAUCGAUUCGCUACGUCCGUCGAAUUUUUCCUAAUAUUCCUAGGCGUUGUUUUCACCACCCUCAAAUCGUUUGGAAUGCCAUUGAUGAUCAUAGCGUACGGGGAAUUCACAACGUUACUCGUAGCCCGUACUUACCAGAAUGGAACCAGUUCAAACACGAUACUACUGCAGUUGUUCGGUGGCGGAAGAGUUCUUACCAAGGGAACGGUCGAAGAGAAUCGCUUUGCCAUUAUCGAGGAUUCGAUAGCUUACGGCAUACUGAUGACAACAGUUUCAGUCUUCCAGUUUGUUAUGGGCAUAUUUUCCGUCGAUUUGUUCAACUACACUGCCAUAAAACAGAUCACUCGAAUCCGGAUAAAAUACUUUAGUUCAAUGAUCCGACAAGAGGUUGGUUGGUUCGACUGUGCGUCGUCCGAGUCAAAUGUAGCGGUCAGAAUAUCGGAAGACAUUGAAAAGAUCCGCGAAGGCAUCGCCGAAAAAGUCAGCCACUUCCUAUGUUUAAUGAUCGGAUUCGUGAUUUGUGUGGCGCUUUCAUUUUCGUACGGCUGGAAACUGACUUUAGUCGUCAUUGGCUACGUGCCGAUUCUUCUCAUAUCCAAUAUGAUCAUAGCACGGUUCCAAUCGAUUCUAUCUGCCCAAGAGUCAAACGCGUAUGCGGCUGCGAGCUCUGUGUCGGGGGAAGUUUUAGGUGGCAUAAGGACAGUCGUUGCAUCUUGUGGGGAAAAGAAGGAAUCCGAGAGAUAUAAUAAAUUGUUGAUAUCAGCACAACGAUUCGGAAUUCGCAAAGGAUUGGCAUCCGGAAUUGGUGAGGGAAUCAUGCGUUUCAUGUUUUACGCUAUGAAUUCGUUGGUAUAUUGGUACGGAGUGUCAUUGGUGUUGGCUGACCGGCACGAAAUUGAAAAGGAGUACACGCCGGAGACCUUGAUGAUCACAUGUUUCGGGUUGAUUGCUGGAGCGGAAAAUAUAUCCAGAAGUGCGCCAUUUUUGGAAUGUUUCGCUAUGGCACGUGGAGCGGCCGCCACCAUUUUCAAAGUCAUUGACCGAAAAUCGAACAUCGACCCAAUGUCCGGCGACGGAAAGAUGAUCAAUUAUGGUGUCAAAGGAGACAUCGAAUUUCAGGACGUCGGAUUCCAUUACCCAUCCCGUACGGAUGUGCAAAUUUUGGAUCAUCUGAGCGCCAAGUUUACAAGCGGUCAAACUGUUGCAUUGGUCGGUAGCAGCGGAAACGGAAAGUCGACGUGCUUGCAAUUAUUGCAACGAUUUUAUGAUCCGACGUUCGGUCGAGUUCUGAUCGAUGGUCAGGACAUUCGAAGUUUCAACAUUUCAUGGCUGCGUUCGAAGAUGGCGUUCGUCGGCCAAGAGCCGGUACUGUUUGCAACGACUAUUGAGGAAAACAUUCGUUAUGGAAAGCCGGAUGCAAGCAGAAAAGAAAUCGAAGAAUCAGCCAAAAUGUCCGGGGCACACGACUUUAUCGUGAAACUGCAAGAUGGCUAUCAAACCUUAGUGGGAGAAAGAGGAUGUCAACUGUCCGGUGGUCAAAGGCAACGCAUUGCCAUUUCCCGAGCAUUGAUACAGAAUCCGACCAUUCUGCUGCUCGACGAAUCAACAUCAGCAUUGGAUACAGAUACUGAACGGCUGGUGCAGGACGCAUUGGACAAGGCAAGCAAAGGACGAACAACAAUCGUCGUGUCUCACAGGCUGUCGGCUAUCCGGAAUGCAGAUCGAAUAUUGUUCAUUGAGAAGGGCAAAAUAGUUGAAGAUGGAACGCACGACGAAUUGAUUAAAUUGCAAGGAUCCUACUACAAUAUGAUGCGCUCGAAUAACAUGGACAGCGACAGCAUUGGUAAAUUGGUCCAAGAGCAAACCUUUGCUGAAAGUCAACCAAUUCAAGACAACCAAACCGCAGUAACUAUCGAAGUACUCAAAAAGGAACCGGAGCGUGUCAACUACGGAGCCGUUUUUCUACGAAUUUUACUGAUCGCUAGACCGGAAUGGUUUUCCCUUUUCCUUGCAUUCAUAUGUGCUCUUAUAAUCGGUGCUUCCAUACCGGCGUAUUCUAUUCUAUUCGGAGAGUUUUACGGAGUACUGGUCAUCUUUGAUGCGGACGAAGCCACUGCAGCGGCAAAUUCACUUUGUGUGGCGUUUUUGGUACUCGGAAUUUUAAUUGGUGUUGCGACAGUCAUCCAAACAUAUUUGUUCAACAAUGCUGGGGUACAUCUGACCACAAGAAUUCGGGCACGAGUCUUCGGUGCAAUGAUCAGACAAGACAUGGCCUGGUUCGACGAUUCGAAUAACUCUGUUGGUGCACUAUCAGUACGAUUGACUAGCGAUGCCGCGACCGUACAAAAGGCCAUCGGCUAUCCCUUGAGCGGUAUGAUUCAGUCGGUUGCAACGUUCGUUUUUGGUGUCAGCGUUGCAUUUGCUUACAUCUGGAAAAUGGCACUGGUUAUCCUUCCCACCGCUCCGCUGGUCAUUUUUUCCGUUCUCUUCGAAGGAAAAUACAUGGCCAACACAGCAGAGGUGGAAAGGAGGGGAAUCGAAGAGAUUGCGAAACUAGCCACCGAGGCAAUAUCGAACAUUCGAACGGUGGCCAGUCUGCGACAGGAACCACAUAUUAUAGCGCGAUACUGCACACAAAUGGCAAAAGUGGAACGAACAAUUCGCAGGAAGCUUUCAAUGCGUGGAUUUCUCAAUUCGCUGGUACAAUCGAUUCCUUUCUUCGGAUUUUCACUUGCUCUUUACUACGGCGGUCUGUUGGUCGCCAAUGAAGGCGUUCAUCUCAAAAAUAUCAUCAAAGUGUCUCAAACUUUACUGUUCGGGACUAUGAUGUUGGGUCAAACGGUAUCAUUUGCUCCGGCUUUCACUGCAGCGUUCGCUGCUGGACAUCGACUGCUCCAAAUCAGUAAACGGGAAACGAAAAUUACAUAUGCAACACAAAGGGUCUAUUCACACUAAUACAAAUACGUGUGUCGUACUAUCCAAUGAUUAU